CGAGACCUGAGGCCAGACGGAACUACAACAUGUACCAUCCACGAGAGUUGUACCCGUCCCUGGGGGCCGGCUACCGCCUGGGGCCCGCCCAACCUGGGGCAGACUCCAGCUUCCCACCCGGCCUAUCAGAGGGCUAUCGCUACCCCGACCUGGACACCCCCAAACUGGAUUGCUUCCUCUCCGGGAUGGAGGCUGCUCCCCGCACCCUGGCCGCGCACCCACCUCUGCCCCUUCUGCCCCCUGCCAUGGGCACUGAGCCGGCCCCAUCAGCUCCAGAGGCCCUCCAUUCCCUCCCUGGGGUCAGCCUGAGCCUGGAGAACCGGGAACUAUGGAAGGAGUUCAGCUCUGUGGGAACAGAAAUGAUCAUCACCAAAGCUGGGAGGCGCAUGUUCCCUGCCUGCCGAGUGUCAGUCACUGGCCUGGACCCCGAGGCCCGUUACUUGUUUCUUCUGGAUGUGGUUCCGGUGGACGGGGCUCGCUAUCGCUGGCAGGGCCGGCGGUGGGAGCCCAGUGGCAAGGCAGAGCCCCGCCUGCCCGACCGUGUUUACAUUCACCCCGACUCUCCUGCCACUGGUGCACACUGGAUGCGGCAGCCUGUGUCUUUCCAUCGUGUCAAGCUCACCAACAGCACGCUGGACCCCCAUGGCCACCUGAUCCUGCACUCCAUGCACAAGUACCAACCCCGCAUACACCUAGUUCGGGCAGCCCAGCUCUGCAGCCAGCACUGGGGGGGCAUGGCUUCCUUCCGCUUCCCGGAGACCACAUUCAUCUCCGUGACAGCCUACCAGAACCCACGGAUCACACAACUGAAGAUUGCAGCCAAUCCCUUUGCCAAAGGCUUCCGGGAGAACGGCAGAAACUGUAAGAGGGAGCGAGAUGCCCGUGUGAAGAGGAAACUGCGGGGCCCAGAGCCAGCAGCCACAGAGGCCUAUGGGAGCGGAGCCCAACCUCUCCCUUCCCUCUCCCCGGACACACCAGGUGGUCCCUGCGACUCCACUCUGGGUGGAGACAUUCAUGAAUCAGACCCAGAACAGGCCUCAGCCCCCGGGGAAGUCACCACUGCCCUGGCACCUCCGUGUGGUGGCCCCAGUGCCGAGGCCUACCUCAUGCACCCUGCGGCUUUCCACGGGGCCCCCAGUCACCUUCCCACCAGGAGCCCCAGCUUCCCAGAGGCUCCAGACUCUGGGCGCUCAGCCCCCUACUCGGCUGCAUUUCUGGAGCUGCCGCCCGGGCCAGGGGGCUCCGGGUACCCAGCGGCUCCACCGGCGGCACCCUUUGCCCCGCACUUUCUCCAAGGGGGCCCCUUCCCUUUACCAUACCCCGGGCCUGGGGGCUAUCUGGAUGUGGGCUCCAAACCCAUGUACUGA